AUGGCACCGUGGAAGGCGCCGGUAAUCCUAUCGCAAUGCCUGCAGCCAUCAUGGCAUGCAAUACCGCUAUUUAGGCGUUUCUUAUCAGUUUUAAUUCUCCGUUAUUACAUAAGAAUUAUCCUGACGCCUUCCUUUCCUUCUUACAGUCUUCACAAACGUCCGAAGCAAGCCCUUUAACCCAAUCUGGCAUGCUUGCCGAGGUACUCCAGGAUACAGGACAGCCCGCUGGAGGUAAGGCAAAUAUAUGCUUUUUGAUGCCGUAUAAUCGAAUCAGAAAACCUAACAUAUUGCCUCAGUCCUCAGAGUGGUGCACGUCUGCCCCAAGGAUGCGCCAGGGGUAGCCGAGGCCACCAUGGCCGAUUGGCGAUUCCAAAAGAUCAAGUGAGUAGGCAGAGGAGUCUUCGUCAUCGACGUGGUGCACUUGAAAAAGAUCCAUUGUACUUGAGUGGAAAGCAUCUCAAGCCCAUCGUGUUCAGGGUCGGAGGAAAGCCCGCGAGCGUGACGGCCGAAGCCGACCUUGCACAGUGAGUCGUCCUGCCCAACUGUACAGCACAUUGAAGCUUGACUCACCGAGCAUUCCUUGAAUCGUAAAAUCGUACAAGCUUGGGAGGGUUCUUUCAUUCGGGCCAAGUUUGCCUAGCUUCAAGAAGAGUGAAUCAGUUGACUGCGCCGAUGUCUUUUAGUCCUAAUGAUCCCACGGUAGCCCGAGCCUAAUGUUUUUCCGCUCUACCAUUCUUCAUUCGCUCACAGUGCAGUGUUUGACGAGUUGACGUCGCUCCUCAAGGCCAAAACAGACACCUUGUCCGCUCCCAGUGACGCCCUGCUGCGAGGUGUGUUCUCCACCCUCAGCGCCACGCGAGUCAACAGCUCAUCGAUGCUGCGCUUCAAAGCGACGGUCGCAGCGGGACAGCCUAAGAUCGAGGGGAACUAUUACUCAGUUAUCGAUUCUUGCAGGAGUGACCAUUCCGAGAAACUCUUCCUUUUGGGAUUUGGAGUCGGCAGCCCAUUGAUUGUCUCUAAUAUCACCUCGGAACCAGGCAAUGACCGAAAGGAGGGGUCUGCGCCCGUCUUCAGCUUGCUUAGGUACAGAGACGGAGGCGUUGUUCUUCGCAAACGGUCCCUACUGUGAGCCGCGCUCAACCCAUAAAGCAUUAUCUGCCCCAUCCCUUGGUUUACUGACUUCGAGAUCCGAUACUCAACCUAGAUGGUCCCGCUGCGGCCGCCUUUUCAAAGAACACCCAGCGAGCUUACCGACUGGCGAACGGCUUCGAUGCUGGCAAGAUGGUCAGCGUUCGAGUUACCUUUCUUUGACUUUGCCCUCCUUGAAAUUCAGUAGUCACUCGCAGUGCUUUACCACAGCACAUCCAAGGAGCAACGAUCCAUAAGUCUGCACAAAUGCCACCCGGUGGAUGGGAAUUGGGCGGAUACGGCCGUUUCAACGGCAUCGACGGCAUCCAGGAAUGUACCCAGACCAGUGGUCACAAACAAACAACCUCCUCGCUAUCCCAUCUAGAGCAGGUUAGGCAGUUUUCGUUUGAAGCGACUCUUUCUUCUGCCUGUCUAGUGCUCCCUCAUUUGGUGGUGGGUAUCUGCAACAUCAUGGAUGUGAAUCUCCGAAGGCAUGCAGCGCCUUCGCUUCCUAG